AUGGCCAUGCUCCUCCGCGCCAACCCCCUCCGCGCCGUCGCUCGCGCCCCCAUCCGCCAGCAGGUCCGCGCCCUGCACAUCGAGAACACUGUCGACAACGCCAUCCCCGCUGGCUCGGGCCGCUCGACCGCCUUCAAGCUCCGCUUCAUCGCCUACGGCACCGUUGGCACUCUCCUCCCUUACAUCGCCGCCUACAUCUCGUUCCAGAAGGCCGCCGCGGCUUAA